UAUUCACAGGGCCGGUUCCCUGCUGUCAGCACCUGUCUCAUCUCACGGAUUCCUUCCCGGUGCUGUGGACGGAGCUGCUCAGGGCCUCAGAUCCGGGCCAUCCUCCUCCUCCUCUCCCCCUUUUGUUAGGGCUCCUGGCCUUUUCUCUCAGGAAAGCCAGGGUCCAGUCUCCAUUCACAGAGAGGGAGUGCCCUCUAGUGCCAGGGAGAGCGAAGGCCGAGGAGGCAGCAGCUGGAGAAGGAAGGCAGGUCCAGAGGCCAGGCCUGAAAGGGAGGCACUGCCAGCCAAUGAGGGGUGAGCCGGCUGCAGCCUGACCUGUGAGUCUGGGACAGCAAAGGACCCACAGUUUCUCAGCAGGAUAAUUGGGAGAAAAGUUGGUGUUUUGGUUGACAUCUCAGGGAAUCGAUAUUUCAUUUGGAUUGAGCCUGAGUAAACAAUUCAUUUCUGCCGGACACAGCAAGAAAAUAUUCCUGCAGCUGGAAAGGACCGUAAUAAUCCCGGAGUUUAGCCUCUUGGGCUCUCGUUGAGAAUCUCCACCAUCAGAAACUCAAGAAGACUGUGGAGAGGUUCCAGGGAGAGGCUCUGGAGUCAGACAGGUCUGUGCCUUCGGUUUGGGUAACUUUGGGCAAGUGACUGUAGCUCUCUGAGGCCCAGGUUCCUGAUGAUAAGUACAGGUGUCAUAGCGCAUUGUGAAGAUACCUAACGAAAUAACUGUGAGGUCCUCAGCAAAUACUCGGAAUGUAGGCUGUGAUCAGUAAGUGGCAGCUGCUCUUAUUGUUACUAUUCUCACCCAAGAAGUUAGGUGAGGGACUUCCCUGGUGGCCCAGUGGUUAAGACUCCACACUUCCACUGCAGGGGCUGAGGGUUUGAUCCCUGGUUGGGGAACUAAGAUCCCAUGAGCCACGUGGUGCAGCCAAAAAAAACAAAGGAAAAAAAAGAAGUUAGGUGAGCAUCUGUCAGGGAUCUUUGUGAACUGGAUGACUUAACAUACCUCUGACUCAAAUAGUGCUGGGGUUGAAGCCCAUGCCUGCCCCUAUUGUAUUUCAUUCCUUCUGGGCCUCAGUGUUCUCACUAUAAAAAUGGGGUUACAAAUAUCUCAUGGGAAUUUUAUAAGAAUUCAAUAUAAAAUUGCAGCGCUAGAUGUAAAAAUAUAUCUACACAGGGUUUAUUCUUAAUAGCUACUCAAGGAUUUUAGAAAUUAUUAUCUACAGUGGAAGGGCUUAGAUGAGACACAGGCCUCCUAGGAGGGACCAGAGGUUUUCAGGAUAACAGGAGGCUAGUGAGGGUGGUGGCUUGACAGAGGUGUUCACACCCUCACCUUUACUGUGCACCGGCUGAGGGUCAGUCCGUGCUGGGUACCCUUAGAAGCCUCGCCAGGUGCCGGCCCCAGGAGGUGCACAGUUUGGCAGGGGGGCAGACUGAGGCCACGCAAUGAGGUGGGUGCCCUGUUUGAAUGGUGAAGGUGGUCAGCUACCUGUUAGUGUCUCUCCCAGAGCGGUGGUGCAUACUCUCCCUGUCGGCGACCUAGGUGACCUAGGACCACACGAGGAUGCUGCUGUGGCUUCUUGUCGUCUCUGCUCUGGAUCUUGGGGUCUGGGGGGAUUCCCUACAGUUGUUCUGGAAUGAAACCCGAGCCAGAGGGCUGUCAGAGGAGCUUCUGGACCCAUUUGGUGGCAUCUCGCAGCUCAUUCACAAGAGUCGCAAUGGAGUGGGGGGCGAGAUCUCUGACCUGCAGGGACCAGCUGACCCGGCCUGUAGCCUAUGUCAUCCUGGACCAGGUCACGGGAAGAGAGUGUCAGGAGCAGAAAGUGUGCAGCCAGAAGUUGCGGGGCCUGCAGUCCCACUCGGUCUACAGCAAAGGCUGGUGCGAUGUGGCCUACAACUUCCUGGUUGGGGACGAUGGCAAGGUGUAUGAAGGUGUCGGCUGGAACGUCCAAGGCAUGCACACCCGGGGCUACAACAACGUCUCCCUGGGCCUCGCCUUCUUUGGCAAUAAGCUAGGCAGCAGUCCCAGCCCUGCUGCCUUAUCAGCUGCAGAGGACCUGAUUCUCUAUGCCAUAAAGAAGGGUCACCUGUCACCUAGGUAUAUUCAGCCACUUCUCUUGAAAGAAGAGAGCUGCCUGGUCCCUCAACAGCCACUGACGCCCAGGAAAGCUUGCCCCAACAUCAUCACAAGGUCAGCUUGGAAAGCCAGACAGACACACUGCCGUGCAAUGAAACUCCCAGCCAAAUAUGUCAUCAUCAUUCACACCGUUGGGGCAACCUGCAACAUAUCCAUGGACUGCCAGAUCCGCAUCCGAGAUAUACAGUCCUAUCACAUGGACACACAGGACUUCUGUGACAUCGCAUAUCACUUCCUGGUGGGCCAGGAUGGUGGUGUGUAUGAAGGAGUUGGCUGGCAUAUCGAAGGCUCUCACACUUACGGAUACAAUGAUAUUGCCCUAGGAAUUGCCUUCAUAGGCAACUUUGUAGAAAAGCCACCCAAUGCUGCAGCGCUGGAGGCUGCCCAGAACCUGAUCCAGUGUUCCGUGGCCAAGGGGCACCUGGCUCCCAACUACCUGCUGGUGGGACACAGUGAUGUGUCCAACGUUCUGUCUCCUGGGAGGGCUUUGUACAACAUCAUUAAGACUUGGCCUCAUUUCAGACACUGAGGGAGCCCCUGCUCCUUCCAAGACCACCCGCCUCCCCAACCCCAACUUUGGGCCCUCCCCUUCCUCACCCUCCAUCCUGGCUCAACACCUUGUGUCCCCCCCCCCCCCACCAGUCCCAUCCUGUCCCUCUGUCUCAGGUUAGUAAGAUCAUUUCCUGCCAGCAUCCUCCAGCGUCCCUCAAACCCCGCAGGGGGGCAUUCCCAGCCCUCGGAGUCUGGGCCCAGCCUUCCUCCCUCCUCACCUUCCUCUCCCUGGCACCCACCUCCUCAGCCAGGUGAGGCUUCUCUUCCCUUUGUACACGCCCCUCUCCUGGUGUGCCUUCCCCUGCUGUCUGCCCGGCAGCCUCCAGCCUCACACGUGACCCAGGUUGACGUCCCAGUCCCUCCUCUCUGUGCACACACUGACUUGUCCAUAUUUGGAUGCGGCCCUUAUUUCAGGGUGGCAAUUGUUUGUGGACAUGUCUGUUCUCUCUACUGGAUUGUGAGGUUGUCCAGUUUUGUUCAUGUCUGUGUCCUCAGUCUUUCAGCAGUGUCUGCAUUCCAGUAGGUGCUACAGAUGUUUGUUGGAAAAAUAGAUGAAUAAAUGAACAAACUGACCAAGUCCCUGCUCCCUUUUCCAAUUUGCCCAGAUCCCCUUUUGGGGAAACUUUGCUGAAUGGUCCCUCAUCCCAUCAGCAUUCUCUCUGUUCUGUUCCCUCCCAGUCUGAGGCUCCGAGCUGGCUCUGAUCGCUUGUCUGUAAUGGUUGCUGUGCCUCCGGGUUCCCACGUCCCCAUCCUCCCAGAGCUCCCUGAGGGCAGGGGCUGUGUCCACACAGUGCCGUUUCCUGUACUUGCCUGGCUGGGCCCACUGGGCGUUCAGCUGAGCGAGGACCCGGAGCCUGGUGGCUCUGCAGCCCUCCUCGCCUGGACUCCUCCUGCCCAGAGUGAAGCCCUGUCCUCUCAGACGGGGGAGACAACCUACUGCUGUUUACUAGAAGAACGUGAGCUGGCUCUUGUUUUUCCUGAUCUGAAAACAAGGGGAGGGGGAAGAAAGGGAGGGAUAAAUAGAAGGAGUCAGAAACAUGGACCCCCCCCCCACCCCAUACCUUUGGUCUUCACAUUUUGUCUUUGCUUUUAGAGUGUUUCACAUCUCUUAGAACAAGGCGGGUUCUGACAGCCUCACAUUAUUACAGUCGUGUGUGCUUUUCAAAGACUGUCCUUCUGAUCUCGCUGGAUUCACUCUGUCCUCAGGCCACCUGGGCACGCAAGCAGGGGAAGGAAUGGUUUAGAGAGUCAGGUAGGCCUGACUCAAUGCCCCAUCUUGAUUUACAGAGCCAGGAGGAAGGGGGAGGCAGACCCUCUGGGAUGGGAGUCCCUGGACCAGAAGCUCUGGCCAACCCAUUCUUCCUUAGGGGUGGGGGUUGGGCACAGACUUUCCAGCAAAAACCUCCCCAACUUGCUGCAGUGUGUUUCCCCUUCUCUUACGGCAUCCAGGGUGAGUUUAACAGCCCUUCCUGCAGGGAGCAGCCAAAGGGGUGGAUGUGAGAUGAUGAGAAACAGUUUCAUCAAAAGAGCUGCCUUUCAGCUCUGUUGGCCUUCCUCACCACCCUCCAAAGCAGAGGGUCUCCUGCUUUUGAUUUGAAGCACAUUCCCAGCCUCAGGGUCUCACUGGCCUCCCCGACCUCCGCCCCAGCAGGCUUUCCCCAGGGGCUGUAGACUCCCCCAUCUCCAUCAGCGCUCAUCAAGGACCCCUCAAAUCAGCAUUAUUGCAGGGUUUGGUUUAUUGUCUUCUCAAAAUUGUUUACUUUUAUUGGGCUUAAAUAUACCAUGUGAGUGAAAUCAGAGCACUCAAUGGGCAAAUGCUUUUUCAAGGUAAAUCCUGAGGCAGCCCAUUCCAUGCAGUUGCCUCUUCUGCGUCCUUCAUAUGGAGACAUUCUUCCCAGUUCCGCUUUAAUCAUUUAAAGUGGGGUUCAUACCAACAUCCCCCCGCUGAGGGUAGCUGUGAGGACUAAGUGAAUUGAGAGUCUUAGAACUCAUGAUUGGGGUAUAAUGUAGUCCCAUUAAAGUGAGUGUCGGUAUCCUGAUUCUCUGUUGUGGUUGCUGCAAUCUGUUACUGCUGUUUGACUCUGGAAGGAGGGAGAUGCCGUUGUGGGCACCAGCCUCAGCUGCCUGGGGAGCUUGGUGCAGGCUGGUGGGAGCAGGGCAGAGCCGGACGCCCCACAGGCCGGGCACACGUGAAGGAGCCCUUGGUGAAGGAGGGACACAGCUCCUUCCUGGCUCUGGACUCUCGGGGCUGGGGGGCCUCUCAGCUCAUCUUGAUGGCUGUUUUUCACAACUGUGAGCUGGGGGGAAAAAAAAAAAGAAGAUGCCACACAAACUUUUCUUUGAUUCUAGAAUAGAAUACUAAUCUGGUUAAAGCCUAUUUUCCAGAAAAUUGAACCCAAAGAGGGCAGAUGACCUGUUGAAGUUCACUCAGUGAGUUAGAUAAAGGAGGACUCCUCGAUGCUGAGUACAGCCCUGUUCUAGGACCCCUCCAGUCAAAAUCAUAUAUGACCCCUCCUUUCCGAUGAGGUGAAGUAAGACAUCUUAGCAUUGCACUUAGGGCCUUCUGCAAUCACUCCAAUCUAUCCUUUGGACGAGCCCCAGGGGGCAAUUUUCGGGUUCUCCUACCGGGCUGGCACAUCUGGAGGACUUUGUCCACCCCUUGUCCUUGCCCUCCUCCUGACCUCCCCAGUUCCAGCAGGUUUCCAGACUUAUCAAGACCAGUACUGCCAGAGGCCUCCUGCUUCUCCAGACCAGCGAGGACAUCUCCCUCCCUGGGUGCUGAGGGCCUCUGUCUGGGCCUCGUGCUGGCUCAUCACUGCUCCCCUCCCCUCUCCCUUCUGACCUGGAUUCCCGAGACUGUGCCUGCACCUCCCUAGUCUCUGUAUUGCCUGGGCCUGAUGCACCAGGGUGGGGGGGCCACCUACGCGUCUGUGGAAUGGAAGGGGUAGAGCUCCGCCCGGGCAGGGCAGGGCGAGCAGAGACAGCUCUUCCCCUGGCUGGUCUAGGAGGUUUGUCACAGAGUGGAAAAUCCCAGUGUCUGUUUGCUGCCUGGAACGCACCCACUCUUGUAGCACAUCAGAUGCCUCAGGUUAAUUCCAUCUUAAUCCCCGGCCAUCUGUUGCUCCCACACUCCGGUGGCCUCCCCAUCGGUGUGAGAUUUGGGGCAAGAGACUUCUCCAGCACCAAUGCUCCCCCCAACCCUUGGAGGCUUCUGUGACCACCUCCCUGUGGGGGCCUCGGAGGCUGCUCCCUCCCUGCUGGCAUUUUAGGAAAAGCACUCUCCUCGAGGUUCCUGCCCACCCUCUCCCUGUGCUCCCUGGCUCUUCCUCUGUCUCUUUGGCUUCUUUCUUCCCACACCUGGGUGUCUUUCUCCAGUGCCUGUCUCUGUCUCCCUCCCACCUCUUUGCCUCUCUCUCUCUUUCAUGCUUUUUCUCACGCUGCCUCCCUCUCCACCUCUCAAUGCUUCUCCUUUUAUCUCUGUCGGUCUUUCUGCUUCUGUGUCUCUCUCUGCUUUGCCCUUUUUCUUUUGCUCUCAACCAUGUCUAAGGCCAUGGUAGCGAAGAAGAGAUGAUGGAUCAGGGAGCCUUAGUACUGUAGACUCUACCUCCCAUCAAGCCCUACCCUGCCCCAGGGCUGCCAGGAGUGCCGGGGAGUGGAAGGAAGGGGUGGAAGGCCAGGGUGGGGUGGCUGUGGGGAAGGUACAACUUUUCCAAAAGCUUAGAGCCACACAGAAUGGACAAGUGUGUUUCUGGCCCAGCAGGUUCUACCAGGCCAGCUGAUUGAGGACAGGGCCUUCAUUAGAGGAGCUGGCUCUGGGUGAGGAAGGUGUUAUUAGCUGGGAGGAGUGGUGGGUGGG